ACGAUUCUCCAAUUCACGCACAUUCAGUUCAAUGAAUCCGAACGAUUUUAUCGCCAGUUCACUCAUCGACUCGGUCACUUUCGUGACAGUUUGCUCCGACACACUUGAAUCGCUAGUGGACUAUUUCGAGCAGAUUGUAGAUGAAACGAGCACAUUGCGCAAUCCGGACGUGACGUACAGCGAUGGCGUGUUGACGGUAAGCUUUGGAGAACCACACGGUACCUAUGUGAUUAACCGACAGUCACCGAACCGCCAGAUUUGGCUCAGCUCACCAACUAGCGGCCCAAAGCGGUAUGAUUUCAUCCCUGACAAGCGCACACUCAACGAAGGAUACUGGCUGUAUCGACACGAUGGAGUUACGCUGCACGAAUUGCUUCAAAAAGAGAUCAGCGCCAUUGUAGAGCGUGAGCUGGACUUUUUUGCCCUGCCUCACAGCCAAAGACCACGUGAUAGCGACGGAAAGGACGUAUGAAUUCCACGUGCGCCUACACCUUAUUAUUCCUUCCAGUAAAUUCACUUGUUUUUCUUUCGACAAAUCGAUUUCGAUUAGGCCGAAUUUCGAUGGAAUUGUAGAGAGCAUAGGCAUUCAAACGCA